UCCUUUCCCACCACGAACACCGUCGACAGAGCCUUUCUUCAUCUCUCUACUCUUCGACAGCAACAACGGCGGCGACAGCUUUACCAGUUUUCUGCUUUAAUAAUAGCAGUACGCAACAUGCCUGGCAUCUGGACCCGUCAUCCGCGUUAUUCGCUUUUCGUGUUGAUUGUGCUGGCCGCCACCCUAUACCUGCUUAAUACUUACCACACGACCCCGACGAUCUCUACAUAUUCAUUCAUUCGUGACUCGGAUCUGCCAGCUAGGCUGGCACGAGCAAAUGCCAUUUACGAAAAGACCCUCCGGGAUCGAAAAGGACUCAUAAGAACCUUUGGUCCGACUCCGAAUGAAGUUUUAAUGUUUCCUCCAGAUAAGGAUCCUUGGCCAGCUUAUACCGUUUGGGAUUUUUUUCCAGCCUCGUAUAAUUGCCCGCAUGAGGUAGAACGUCUUGGUGCGCUCGGUGAUGGCGGAAAAUGGGUCUGUGGGCUGUCUCGCGUGCAGGAAAAGCCGAACUGUGUUAUUUAUUCCAUUGGCAUUAAUUAUGAGUCUUCAUUUGAAGCGGAAAUCCUUGCCAAUACCCGGCAUUGCGAGAUCUGGGGUUACGAUCAUAGUGUGAAGUCAUUCGGCCCUCAAAUACCACGGUCCCUGGCGUCCCGCGCCCAUUUCUUCCCAUAUGGCCUGGCAGGCAGCGAUAAGGCGGCGACAGAUGACUCACCUGCUAUGUACACCCUCGAACGUAUCAUGGCAAUGAAUGGACAUACCCACAUUGACAUUCUCAAGAUUGACGUGGAGGGAUGGGAGUUCGAAACCUUAACUGCUCUCAUCGGUCCGUACUUGCACGCUGACAAGCCGCUUCCGUUUGGCCAACUUCAACUCGAAAUUCACACAUGGGGGAAACAAUUCGCCGAAUUCUUGACGUGGUGGGAGACACUCGAGGCAGCCGGUCUUCGACCUUUCUGGACUGAGCCCAAUCUGGUAUAUCAGAACUACAACAAACAGAGUAACACUGAUCUUGCAGAGUACUCGUUCCUGAAUAUUAAAGGCGACAACAUAUUCAUCAAGGACCGUCCUAAGCGGCACAUUGUCGCAGCUGUUGUCGACUAGACGCUCCGCUAGAGGCGUCUUGUAUAACUUAUGUAGUACGCUUACUGUAUCCAAUCAAAUCCUGUAGAUUAUUCGCUUUCGUAGUUGGUUGGACUGCUUCUGUUCAUAUGUUAUGACAUCUAUCGUACUUUUUUUGUUUGCCGCAUUUGCCUUCCUUCUCUUUCCCCGGGACAUUUACCACUUACUUAAUCCUAACUUUUAUAUAUGAUUUCAACCGUUUGCCAUCGCUUUGA